GACAUAUUGAUCGACCUGAAUCCGCGCUUCGUUCGGCGCGGUCGUCUCGCGCGCGUCAGUUCCGUAAAAGCGCUUGUACGACGUCGCUUUUACAGCGUACAGUAGUCGCGGCGUACGCGUAGUCACAUCGUGGCCUCUCGCGAAACUGCAUCGUGCUGCAUCGUGCUGCAUUCGUGCCCUCGUUUUCGCACGCGUCUCCUCACUAUCUGAUCGCAUCGCUACGCAUUGACGACGACGACGACGAUAACGACGACGACGACGACGACAACGACGACAACGACGACGACGACGACGACGAGGGCUCGCGGACAAAUAAACACAGACGGACGGACGCGCCAGGUUGCUCGAGCUCGAAAAGGGUGUAGGCGCAGAGGGGUGUGCGGAUCUCACGCUGCAGGGUCAACAAUCGAAUCUGAGAUCGCGGGACGAUAUACGAAUGAUGACGACGGCUGAUAGAGGGAAAUAGGCGAGCUUCGCGCACGAGACUUCGAAAAGAGGACGUCGACUUUAUCACCGGAGUGACAGGAAAAGAAAGGGGAAAAGAGAGAGAGAUAGAGAAAAAGAGAGAUUGUAAAAAGAGAAAGAGAGAGAGAAAGACAGGGAGAAUUAACUGUUCCGAGUAGAAAAGUGGUGCGAAACGGAAGAAGUAUGUGCGAAUUUGUAUUUAGGUUUACGAAUGCGUUAAGCGCGCUUUACAGCCUGAUUACGGGGUACGCGUAACGCAUUUCUGAUUUCGUGCAACCUUGGCUCACGUUCCGAUCGUUAUGCUUAGCGCCGAACACGGCUAACUGACGAGUAAUGUGUCCAGCGACGCGAGAGUUCAAAGAAAGCAGAUCAAGUAAAAUUGAAAGUUCGCGCAAAUUUAGGAAAAAAGAACGUGGUGCCGAGGCAACUUCCGGUUGGUGCUCGACGCGGUUCUCUAGGGAUGAAAACGUCCCUCUUAAAGAAAAAUCGUUUCUUUAUAUUUUUGUAAAUAUCCGAGCGAGAAGAUGUGUUGAGUGAACAAUUUUGCGUAACAUAUGUUGCGAAAUGGCGUGAUCUUUGCUUAGAUACGAUAAGUGACUAAAAAUAAAGACACAUAAACACGACGCGUAAUAAGCAAAUUCGCUGCAGGGUCUCAUAUCUGACGAUCUGCACUUCGAUUAAAUCUCUCAUGUAGAAUCAUUUUCCAACUGUAUCGUCAAUUACGGGACACUGAGAUCUAUCGAAAAUAGCGUAUACAGGGAUACCACUAAAGAGAUAUCACCCAUUUUUACAGGUGUAUUCCACAUCUGAAAAUUAGAAAAAAGAAAAUCCGUUGCAUCUCUUAAUAUACACGCUGCGUGCAUGAAGGGCUGAAGCAAUUUGCAUGAAAUUUAAUCGGUGAGAUUAAAUUUAAAAUCCUCGAAGCAAUUUGGGAUAAAUAGCGCUUCUAAUAUCCGCUGUGGAAUAAAGUGAUUAACACAACGUGAUUAAAUUCUCUCGAUAUGCGAUAGAAACAGAUUAAUACACAUUCUAGUUCUCUUUCGAGAAGAUUAAAUUAUUUAGUCCUGUAUGCCUCAGAGAGAGAAGUAAGAAGAGAUAAAAAGGUAUAAGGAAUCCUUUAAAUUGCUCAGCCGUUUUGAAAAUUAAAUCUUCGAAACUUCUUAUCGUAAAUUAAAAUCCUCUCAUCGAAAUGUUAUUAAAUCGCGUUUUUUUUUUUAAUUGUUUGUGCCGGCUAUUUUUACCAAGCGUACAAUGAAAACGCUGAGCUUUACGUCGCGCGAUUGCUAAUUUAUUUCAGUAAACAGCAUGAAAUUACUUGUCACUUAAUACCGUAAUCAAACUCUUAUUAUGAAAGUUUGCUGACGUAAGUAACGUCUAACGCAGAAAAACGUUAACGUACAAAUUUAUUGGAUAUUAUUCGCUAUUAUUCGGUCAAGAGACGAGAGUUCAAAGCGCUGAACUCUACGACCAGUUAAACGAUUCAGCGCGUUAUUAUCUCAUCUAGCUGUUAAGUGUCUCAAAUUACGUAUUUGCAUUAUGACAAUUUUUCACAGAUGCACGCAUUAGCGUGUAAAACUAGGACGAUGACGUAAACGACUCCGACGACCUGAAGUCGAUAGUCUUCCAGCAACUGCUUAGAGAAUGUUAAUUUUAGACUAGCUAAUAAACCAAUCUUUAUUUAACAUCUACGAAGAGUUCACUCUGCAUGAAUGAAAAAAGUUUUUUUCAAAAAAUCCAAAGAUAAUAAAAUAAAUAGAAACAUUUAAAUUGUUGAUCACAAGCUAUAUAAUAGUAUAAAAUAAAAUGUAUUAUUUCUAAUAAUUAAAAUGAAAUCUGUUAUUAAUUAUAACUGUAUAUAUAUAAAGAUUAUUAAUUAUAAUAUUGCAGAGUGAUUCGAGUAUAAGAGAUUAAAUAGAAAGAUUGAACAAUUAUUCUGAUUAUAAUUUUUUAACACCGGCCUUGAGAUUCUUACAAGCACAUUUCUCUGAACGGAUUAAAAUACAAUCGGAUAGAAAAUUUUCACUACAGAUAGUAUAUCUGCUGUAAUUACUGCAACGCUCACUGUCCCAGUGAUCUCCCCAGGCAGCACAAACUUUUAAAAAGGACGUUUUAAAGAUAUGGCGUAUGAGACGUUUAAAUAAAAUAAAACAUCUUUUGGACGCUUUUAAGGCAUCCUUUACAAAUUUGUACUGCCUGGGGAGUUAGUCCAAUGCGUCUUCACUCGACAUUGUCCUAAAUUUGAUUUGACAACUGAUUUAUAAUUUUAGGUGUCGCUCGGAAUACACAACCGAGCCAGAGCCGCGCUAAAUCGCGCGCCACUUGAUGCUCGAAGAAGUCUCGACAUGACACGAAGCUAGACGAGUGCAAGGAGAUUUCCCCGUCAGCAUGUGGACAAAUCACUUGAUAGUGGCGGCAAUUGUACUCGCGGUUGCCAACGUCUGUCAUGCGGAGUGCCAGACUCGCUCCGUUUACUGCUACGAAUGCGACUCAUGGACGGACCUCAGAUGCAAGGAUCCGUUCAACUAUACGGCGCUACCUAGGGAUCAACCACCUCUAAUGACCUGCAACGGAUGCUGCGUUAAAAUGGUCCGCAACGCAAAAUCACCGUACGAAAGCGUGAGGAGGACCUGCACAUCGCAGCUACAAAUAAACUUAUUCAUGGUGGACCACGUGUGCAUGAUGGAAAGUACCGGCACUGGUCACAUGUGCUUCUGUGAGGAGGAUAUGUGCAAUCGUGUACCCCCGACCUCGCGCUCGAAUCCCGUACUCCUGCUGAUCCUGUCGACCAUCCUUGUUCUACGCUCGGCCGUCUUAGGAGCCUCAGCUUGCUUUGUAGAACGUUGCAAUGAUCACGUCGUAUAACACCAAUUAACUCGAUCCACCCAUCGCAGUGGCGUCCAAUCAUAUCCUUCGUAGAGAUUCUAGCGAGUCGACAACACGACCACUCGUCGGAACGAACGAUCGAGCUGGCUUCGAUCCCUAGAUAAGCUAGAUUCCCUCCUUAGAGAGAGGUGUAAAUGAGAGAAACGGUCGAAAGUCUGACAUAUGAAAGUAUCCGGGGACGAUCGACCUGUCAUUAUAUUGUUACCAUUAAUUUCGCGAUGCGCGUGUUACCGGUCCGUCGGAUCGCGUAGAAGAGAAAUAUAUUUGUAUGAGAUAGAUAUUUUAUCGAAGUUGCAUAUCUUAGAGAAUGCGGACGCUCAGACGCAUAUACUAUAUAUAUCGGCUGUUGGAUAAGAGAUACAUGCAGAGUAGUAGAGAGCUCUACAAAAUAGUGACCGUUCGUUUAUUCUUGUAUAGGGGGUCUCGUUAUUGCACGCUACGGAAUGCAAUAGUUUCCUCCCUUAUAUUAGCUUUAAACUGCGAGAUGAAAUUGAUUAUACUUUUAACGUAUUCAGAACGGAUGUUCCGUGAAUGAAGUCUCUAAUGAAUCUCGUUACGGUGCGUGUAUUUAGGGUUUAUCGACAAGAGUUGAGAUCGUCGCGAUAAUAUUUGCACGGUUAAUGGACGAGAUUCGGUAUUCUCGUCCUUAGAGUCGCUCAGUACGUGUGCGUCGUUCGUUCCGAUCACUGGCCUUAGACAGCAUCGAGAGUUACGUAGGCGUUUCUCGUGUAGAAAUCAUCCCGACUGUCCAGUCGAUUUCUCUGAUUAUCUCGGCGAGCCCGAGCCCGAGUUCUCUGUUAGUUGCUCUUCGAGCAAGCACGGCUGGCCAUCGUUGCAAUGCAUUUGUGACAUGAACCUCGAGGAAGGAAUUUCAUUGAAUAUCAAGACAGGAUAUCCACGAACAAAAUAAAGCACUGAAUUUCGAUAUAUCGAGUAAUAUACGAGUAAAGUGCGGCUCUGAGCCGUAACGAAAAAUCGGUUUAAUAUAACAAAUCCACUGAAGAAACUUUCUAUCUAUUUUUAUAGAAAUUGUUUGAAGCACAUUGUGAUGAACAAAUUAAUUACCUACAAUUAUGUAAUUCUGCAAUACCUUUGUAUUGGAUUGUACGUUUCAUUCAUGCAGCUUCAUUUUAUCACCAGAGGAAUAUUAAUUAAUCUCCAAAUUUCACCCUCGUAUUGAGAAAAGAAAGCUUUUCGCUGAAUCGAAAAGUGAAAAUUACGAAUCGGGAGCUCCUUCCUCGGCGUUGUCGUUGCAUGUACUCAACUGUCGUCUGAGAACAUCAAUGAUGGUUUAACUAUUUUACUCUAAUAGUAUGACAGAGAGUGGAAGAACAAUGUGGAUACUCUAGCUUUCGGAUUUUUUCUCAUAACGGUGCACCUCAUUACGUCUUUUCUCUCAUUCUAAUGCGACAAUGUUCGACGCGACUGGUCGAGUUUCGUUCGACGCGAGAGUCUGUUGAGAAGCACAGUGAAUUGCGUGAGGUAUGAUCUCCGACCGACG